GAAUCUAGAAGCCACAAAAGAGCGAGGCAAAUCCAGCCUGCAUUUCUAGCCCUUAUAGGUUGCUUGAUUAGAUAUGAGUCUCAUGAAAAAUUCGUAUCUUGACGUUAUUGUUUUCCUCAAAAAAAAGGACCGAUUCACAUUUUCGUCAGCCCUGAUGUGCCCUGAUCUGUUGGACAACAGAAACGUUCUGAGUCGUUGAAAAACAAUCGCCAGUGGUCGACGAUGGCAAACCGAGCCACUCGUCAACUAAUGUUAAUGGCUUUUGAAGAUUGGAGGGAAUUAUUUAGUAUGAAGACUUUCGGUUGGACAUGAUUCGUGAUGUCAAAGAGAGGCGUUCCCAGAGUGAACCACCCAAGACUGAGGAUCUCCUUCCUAGUAUUUGGGCGGAGUAUUGCGACCGGACAAGUCUGCACGGAUUCAAGUUCCUCAGCGGGCGAGAGAGCUCCAAAUUUCAUUCAAUAGGAUGGGCAUUUGUCAUUCUAUCCUCGUUCAUCGCGGUAUCGAUUCUGGGCUAUGUCAACGUAGAUGAAUUUGUCCAAUCCUCGGUCUCAUUCAAUUUGGAAUCCCCUACCACACCCUUGACCCAAGUGUACUUUCCAUCUAUCGUUAUUUGCAAAAUGAACUUCUUGCGAAAGUCCUUCAUCUACUCAUUGUUAGAGGAUCCAGCUUUGACUAAUGUGACCUAUGAAGAGCUUCACCAAACCAUUGCAGACAUUUUCAUCGAAGGAACAUCUAACCAAUCUUUGGAUAGUCUGACGAGGCAACAGGAGAUUGUGGACCAAGUUUUGAAUACGACGGUCUACCUCAACUUGUUCGAAGAGAUCCUCAAUGAUUCCCUGGUCGAAGAGGCGUCAUUUGGCAACAUCCCCAUAGCCAAAUGGCGAUCCCUCGAAAUAGCCGAUAGAAGCCCUGACAACUUGGACAAUCUCAAGCGAUCUGCUAUCGUCGAACUCGCCUCUCAGUUUCGCGAUGGUGAAAUGGUGGCGUGGAUCCAGUUCUCGGGUUUCGGAGCCUAUUACGAGCCCGGUUUUGGUACGGACAUUGGCGAGACUUGCUCUUGGCUCACUCCAUACUGGAUGGAACCCACUACCAUGCUGGAUUUAGGGUCUGUCCCUUCGGUGUCCAAUGGAGGGAACAACGGGUUCCAAAUGCUUCUGGAUGCGGAAUCCUACGACUAUGCCUCGAGUCCCUCGGGAUCCGAAGGCUUUGUGAUUGCCAUGCUUCAUCACCUGGACAUUCCAAUCAUGAAGCACACGGGUAUCCAGAUCCAAACGGGUCAAUCCGUUCAAGUGGCCGUAUCGCCCACUUUGAUCGAUACCACUCAGCCUUGCAAACGGAGAUUCUCCCCCAAGAAACGGCAAUGCUAUUUCCAGGACGAGAUUGACCUUCGACAUUUUCCACAUGAUCAGGGUUACAGAUAUGAAAUGUCCAAUUGUUUGUUUGAAGCCACAUUGCAAAAAAUCGAAGAGACUUGCGGCUGCACACCAGUGAAAUACAUCGACGUCGUUGAAGGUUUCGAAGCUUGUGAAGGAGCAGAAAAGGAGUGCAUGAACAAUCUGAUCAACUUCAUGGGACAGGAGAGGUGGAUUGAGGACGGAGAUGAGAUCAAAGAAUGCCUAGCCGCGUGCCAGGAUCAGAAGCAUACGUUUCUGGUCACGGGAUCCGUUUUCCCUAGCUCGGAGUCAUUCCAUUUGAGCGACGACUAUUGCAAGGUGUUUAAUAAAGUUCGCCAUUCUUGUUCGAUGGAUCGUCGGAUCACCUUGGAUCAGUGGAAUCCCGCGUUCUGUCCCACUCUUGACCGGACGUUGGCGUACACUUGCCAAGAGAUUCAGGAUGAUUUGGCGAACAUAACUCGCAAAGAGCUGCGAAAACUUCGCCAACACAUUGUUGCCUAUGCCAAUAAGAACAUGGCCAAAGUCAACGUCUACGUCAGGGACUCGUACGUGAAGAAGUACCUCACCGAGGAGAAGAUCACGGAGAUCAGCUUUGUGGGCAAUAUUGGAGGUCUCUUAGGAUUGUUCACUGGAUUCAGUUUCAUCAGUGUCGCAGAGAUCCUUUACUAUCUAUGCUGUGGUAAAGGCCGGAGAAGGCCAUGGGCUGGGCUUCAACCGCCUAAUGCAUGCAUGUUCAUGACCACCAAACAAAAGACAAUCUCACCUAUGUAUCCCGUUCCAUCACAAACUAAAUGGUAGUCAACGAAUUCAAGUCCAGUCCUUUUUAAAUUAAGAUAAGGUAAUAGCAUAAACAAAAUGAUAGGAAUAUAUAACAAAAUGAGCUUUUCAGGUGUACCUCUUUGGACAACAAUAAACCAUUAUUUUGACUGGU